CCUCUCUCUGCCUCUGUCUCUGACACACUCGCACACACACGCACACAUAUAUACACGCCCUCCACCCCCAUCGCUGCAGUGUCUCAACUGCCUUGGAGCAAACAAGAGAGGAUACAGAAUACAGACGUUAAUAAGAGAGAGAAAGAAGGCGAGAUGUACGUGUGUGUUUUCCUGUGAAAAUGAGGAAGAUGUGAAGAUGAAGCGACAGGACUAAAGGUGGAUUGCACACAGCCUUUCUCUCCAGGGCUUGUCUGCAGUAUCCUUUGUAAAUGGAUGCUGCCUUGUGAGCACGAUCAAGAGACCUUCAGUUGCCAGGGAGAUAUCACACCACAGAAGAAAGAGAUAUAUUUUAAAAGAUCAGGCAAAACACACCAAAUAAAGACUCAAGGUGGACGAGUUGCAGAAGCUGUACAAGGGCAACACACCACAAGAGCCAUGUGGGAGGAGAGUGAGGGGGUUUUGCUGAUCGUACGCAACAAGCCCGAACGAUUUCUCUACUGACAUACACUGACGAUUCCCAGAGCUGCUCCAGAUCCUUCCUCAGGGGAGCCCCUGCUAUGAACCCCAGCUCCCUUGGCUUCAGCAGGCAGUCAAACCUCAGUGCCAGGCGCUGUGUGGGCGUCCCACAAGUCUGGGUUCUGCCCACACAGGACUUAGACCGCUCCUAAACGCAGAGAAUGAAAUCCUCCUGAGUCACUCCUCUGCGAAGUGGCUUUCCUGUUUCCUGUUACACCGGUCUGUUGUGAAGCUUUAUCUGCUGCUCCCCAGCAAGUUUCUACCUUUACGGAGGACCCUUUGCAACUCCUCCAACAAUUCCUUUUCGAUCACCACUUCAUUAUAAUUUGCUUUCCCAUCAAGCAGCAGCACGAGUUCCUUUGUGCUCACCACGUGGUGGAGGACCAUGGGAUGCCGUCAGAGCUCGGAGGAGAAGGAAGCGGCUCGGCGCUCGCGGCGAAUUGACCGCCACUUGCGCUCGGAGAGUCAACGGCAGCGGCGCGAAAUCAAGCUCUUGUUGCUGGGCACCAGCAACUCAGGCAAGAGCACCAUUGUCAAGCAGAUGAAGAUCAUCCAUAGUGGAGGUUUCAACCUGGAGGCGUGCAAGGAGUACAAGCCCCUAAUCCUGUACAAUGCCAUCGACUCACUCACCCGCAUCAUUCGCGCCCUCACCACCCUCAAGAUCGAAUUUCACAAUCCUGAUCGCGCCUAUGAUGCUGUGCAGCUUUUUGCCCUCACAGGGCCGGCUGAGAGCAAGGGGGAGAUCACUCCAGAGUUGCUGGGGGUCAUGAAACGUCUGUGGGCCGACUCAGGGGUCCAGGAGUGCUUUCAACGAUCCAAUGAGUACCACUUAGAGGACAACACUGCCUACUAUCUGAAUGAUCUGGACCGCAUCUCUGCGUCUGAGUACAUCCCCACUGUAGAGGACAUCCUUCGAUCCCGUGAUAUGACCACUGGCAUUGUGGAGAACAAGUUCACCUUCAAGGAGCUCACCUUCAAGAUGGUGGAUGUGGGUGGACAGCGCUCAGAGAGAAAGAAGUGGAUCCACUGCUUUGAGGGCGUGACUGCAAUCAUUUUCUGUGUCGAGCUAAGUGGCUAUGACCUCAAACUCUACGAGGACAACCAGACGAGCCGUAUGGCCGAGAGCUUGCGUCUGUUUGACUCCAUCUGCAACAACAACUGGUUCACCAACACAUCGCUUAUUCUCUUCCUCAACAAGAAGGACCUGUUGGCGGAGAAGAUCAAACGCAUUCCUCUGACAGUGUGCUUCCCUGACUACAAAGGGCAGAACACCUAUGAGGAGGCAGCUGUGUAUGUCCAGCGGCAGUUUGAGGACCUCAACCGCAACAAGGAGACCAAGGAAAUCUAUUCGCACUUCACCUGUGCCACCGACACCAGCAACAUCCAGUUUGUGUUCGACGCUGUCACGGACGUGAUCAUCCAGAACAAUCUCAAGUACAUUGGGCUGUGCUAGGACCUGAGGCUGGGUGGGGGGGUGGUAUGGGGAAAGUGGGCAAGGGUGGGUAAGGCAGCAGCAGUCCCAGCCAUCAGGCUGUAUAAACAAAAAGGCAUGUCAGUCUGCCUGGUGGUUUAUCACUUUGAAGAGGUGCAACAGAGAACUGCAGAGCGAGUGAGGUAGUGCGACGGCCGGGGAUGGACAAUACUGUAGAUUACAUUGUUUCAAUAGAAACAACAGAGCAGAUGGGCCAUGGUCAACAUGGGAUUUUUGCCCAAUGUGUUUGCACUGAAUUUGAGUAUGCAGAGACACCCAAACACACAAACACACACCUACACACACACACCUACACACACAUCUUUAUGUUUGCUCACAUACUAGGUCUUUGGAUCAACAGUCAAGCACUUGUGUGACAAGGCAACACUGGAAUAGUAGACAGCUACCCCUACCUGCCUGCCAAACCUGAGGGCAUAGGCCUGUACUGGUGGUUUUCUGUUAUGUUUGUCUACUUUAUUUGAUUUGCCAGAGUCAAUUAAUGCUGCUUUACAAGAAGAAUUUUGACAGAAUCAAUGUUCUCUUUUCGGAUUUUCACCUUAACAAUGGUAACCAAGUGAGCGCGCCUGUUAAAACAAGGAGAGAGCCUGUAUUUCUGAGGAGGAAAAAAAAGUAAGAAGACAUGAUGUCACAGGGUUUCUGCCUAAAAAGAGGAAACUGCCACAGUGUAAAGCUGAUGUGAAAUACAUUUUCUACACACUAUUUCUGUUUUUGCCCCUCCCCCAAGUCGACUCUAAUAUUGUUCUUUUUCCCUUCUUUACUUUAUCUUUUUGUGCUUUAAAAAAAGAAUACGUCUCUCAAACCUGCAUUUUAUAGCAGGUCACUGACUUCUAAUACCCGGAGAGUGUUGUGCUCCUUAAAUAUGAAAGUAUUCUUUAUGAUCAUUCCAGUUUCCACCAAGAGACGACAAAAAACAGUGCCAAGAUCAAUUUGUAAAUAACACCAGAUCCCAUCCUUCAUGUUAUUUUUUUUUUUGUUUGUUUUUAUGGACAAAUACGUUAAAACAUGCAUGAUUUUGUUACUUUGGGAUACUAAUAUAUAUUUUCUUUGGGAUUAUGUUCCUCUUUUCUUAGGUUUAAAUAAUAUAUUCCCAAAAAUAUAUAUAAAGUCAAACACUGUGUACGAGUGUACAGUUGUCAGAGAGGAAUCUAUUGAAAAGAGUUCUAUCAAUAUAAUAAUGAUGAUUAUAAUGUUGUGAAAAAGAUGAGGAUUUUGAUGAUGAUGAUGGUGAUGAUGAUUACAAUGACGACGAGAAAAAUCUCACUACAAAGUUAGCAUGAGAGGAAAAAGUGGAUCAAAGGAGAACAAGACUGUAGAAUAAAAAAAAUAUGAAAACAAAGAAGCAAACAUUGAAAGUUCAAUCUUCCUUGCAUUAUCUACGUUGAAAUUGUCAAACAGCCAGUCAGUAUGAUGUGUAAAUAUACUGUAAGGUACACUCUUUGUUCAAACAAUGAAAAUAAAGGUUGAGUUGGGA